GGGCCGGGCUGGGGCGGGGCCGGCGUGGGCCGGGAAAAGCGGGGCCGGCGGCGGGGCGCGGGGCUGCGCUGCGCGGGGACUGCGCGGGGACUGCGCGGGGUGCGCGAUGCGCCUGACGCAGGGCAUGUGCACCAUCGCCGAGUGCGCCGCGCCCGGCGGGGACGGCCCCGCCGCACGGCCUCGCCUCGUCAAGAUCGCCGUGGUGGGGGGCAGCGGCGUGGGCAAGACAGCGCUCGUGGUGCGGUUCCUGACGCGGCGCUUCAUCGGGGACUACGAGAGGAACGCAGGUAACCUCUACAGCAGGCACAUCCAGAUAGAUGGGGAGAUGCUGGCGAUUCAAGUGCAGGACACCCCAGGAGUUCAGAUCCAUGAGCACAGUCUGGAUUGUAAUGAGCAGUUGAACCGAUGCAUUCGCUGGGCAGAUGCCUUGGUGAUUGUCUUCUCCAUCACAGAUUAUAAGAGCUAUGAACUACUCAGUCACCUUUACCAUCAUGUUCGACAGCUGCACCCAGGAAACACUGUCCCUGUUGUAAUCGUAGCAAACAAAGCUGAUCUCCUGCAUGUUAAAGAGGUGGAGCCUCAGCAUGGACUUCAGCUGGCCAACAUGCUGGGCUGUACUUUCUAUGAAGUAUCUGUCAGUGAAAACUACAACGAUGUCUUCAAUGCCUUCCAUGUCCUCUGCAGAGAAGUCAGCAAGCAGCAAACCACCAGCACCCCUGAGAGAAGGAGAACGUCUCUUAUUCCACGGCCAAAAUCGCCCAACAUGCAGGAUCUGAAGAGAAGGUUUAAGCAAGCUCUGUCUGCCAAAGUGAGGACUGUCACUUCUGUGUGACAAGCGCUGCUCCCAAGUUUGAGACCUGGGGUGUUGAACACUGGCAUGUCUAGGGUCCAAGGCAUUGUGAGAGAAGGAUAGGUCAGGUGGCAUUCUGCAAGGCGUUGCUGAAAUGAACAGUGGCAGGUUGGAAAAGAGUAACGACUGAAAAAAAAAAUCCAAUAAACCCUCUUCCAAUGGUUCUAGGAUGUGACUCGUAGAACAAGUAUUUUCAUUUGGAAACGGAACUCUCCGGCAUAUGAAAUAAGCUUUCAGCUUGCCUUUUCUCCAAUGGGACAGAUCUGGCUUAAUGUUUGUGCAGAGACAACCUUUUAGCUGUAACUCUCAACUUGUACUUGAGCAGGGCAACACCCUGAACUGCAGUUCACUGUUCAGAAGUAACCACUUGAGUCUUACUGUGUUUUCACUUGGAUGAAGGACAGCAUGAUGUAUCUGUUUAAUUUUAUUGCACAGUAGAUCUGUUUAUUUCCCUUGUAUUUCAAAACAAGCGAGCAUAAAACUGUUCUGUAAAAAUAAGUGUAAAAUAAGUAGACAUGACUAGGUAUCAAGACUGUAAACAAUGGUCCUUUCUAUUUUUACUGGUUAUGUUAUUGCUGACAACUUGACCAGAUUUUGUAUGCAAAACCAUUGUGCACAGGGUGUAAACAUACUGAACUACCAGUAGCUUGUGGGUUUUUUACUGUCCAGAAAAAUACUGUCCAGACUAAAUGAUCCGACACAGAGCUUUUAAGGAAUGAGCCUGGAGUUGGAGUGAUAGUCCACUAUAGCUACCAGUGUCAGACACUUCUCUGUCUGGUGUAUGUGAGGCAGAGAAAGAACCCGGCUGUGAUUUGGCUCCAUGUGAAACACAGCUGGCCUGAGGCGAUGAAGCUGGUAGUUUGCUCAGAGCUGAGCCAGUCCCUGUUCAUCCUUAAACACAUGUGGCUGACUUUUUUUCCUUAUGUUGAGCCAAUGGAGUUCACAGGCUAAAGGCCUUACACACAUGCACUUUAAAAAGCCAGUUGUGCUUUUGUUUAAACUGUAACUUAUUUAUUUUGUGUACAGUUGCUCCUCAUAGGGUGGGGACUUCUUAUUCUUACUGCCUGUUUCAACAUUAAAUUUUUGACUUGCAUG